AGAGAGAGAGAGACUCUCUAUCCAGACCAGAAAGAAGACCGCCAUAGCCAGACGCUGAAGCUCCCUCAACCAAUGGCGACUUCCCUAUCCAGCUUCCUCUCCUUCCUCUCGCCUUCCAAGCCGCCACCGACGCCGACGGCGACGCUGCCGGCGCCGGCGAGAGCCCCCCCGGCGGUCCUCUCUGUGUCCAGCCGCGGCGCCGGGGGCGGCCCCGCUCCCUUGGCCGCGGCGCCGGGGCGCCUGCCGAGCGAGCUGACGGCGGUGGUGAACCCGGCGCUCGCCCACGCGAACGCGCUCUUCUUCAGUGGCUACAACGUGCAGGUGACCGUGGACGACAACGAGCCGGAGGAGAGGCUGCUGAACAGGUUCAGGAGGGAGGUGAUGAGGGCCGGCGUUAUCCAGGAGUGCAAGAGGCGGCGGUUCCACGAGAACAAGCAGGACGAGAAGAAGCGCAAGACGCGCGAGGCUGCGAAGCGCAACCGCAGGAGACGUCCCUAUUCAAGAUAUGUGCCUCAGAACAAGGAAGAUACCUCAACUAACAAGAAAAAGGAAGAAGACGAAGAUAACUGGGACCUCCCAGAAGAACUUCCAUUUUGAUUUCAUCUACCCUUGCUUAUUUUUGUAGUCACAAGUGAUGCAAGGGAGCAUAAGCCAGAAUUGUUCUUUAAUUGAUUACUUGUGUCAUUAACCCUGAUUCUUUCCAACAUAAAUCUAGAUGCAUUAUUGCCAAUUCCUCUUGGAAACUUGUUAUGUAA